AUUUCAUAGGGAUCGGCCAACUAUAUCCAAUAGCCGCCAUAUAACUGAACGAUCGGAAAUGGCACAGCUGCAAGGGUAUAUCAACUUCGGCUCCGCCCGAAGUUAGCUUUCCUUUCUAGUUUUUAAUUGUAUCUGUGCAUUGGGCAGCCAUCAAAUGCUAAGCAGGCUAAAAAACAACACCACGACCACAGCCAACACCACCACAACCCAAACGCUUUUCCUUUAUGAGCCAAAAGCUAGAGGAUAAAGUGAAGUCAAACAAAGCUGACGAUAUAAUAAUUUUGCGUCAAUAUUUUGAAACGGCGCAUGAAGCUGAAGAAGUGAAUCCACUUUACUAUUGGAAGAAGCAUACAAAGGAUAAACCAGCCUUUACGAUUUUAUCGAAAAACUUAUUUUGCGUACCAGCGUCUUCAUGCGCUUCGGAGCGAGCGUUCAGCAAAACUGGACAGAUAGUAUCCGACAGGAGAUGCGCUCUAAAAUCCAAUAUCGUGGAUAAGCUCCUGUUCCUAAACAAAAACCAAACAAAAUGAUCUCAAAUAAAUGAAUUUGGUUUUUGUUUUAACUGAAAAUAUCGAUGAAACAUCGAUGUUUUCCUUCAAUAACAUCGAAAUCAUCUAUCCCAAACAUCGAUUGUUUUCCAGCUCUACGACUUAUGCGACUUCCGAACAUUUUUGGAAGUCUACAAAAACUGCAGCCUGAUUAAUGUAUACCACUAACCAUACAACAUAUAGACUUCUCAUUUCAUACAACGAAAAUUGACGCAAAAAUUUCUUGCGACAGGCCCCCGGAGGCCCCAGAGAGAAUCUUACUCUCAUUCUUACGCUCAUUUUUACGCUCAUAAUCUCAUUCAACUUCAGCAGAGGUGGAGAAACAUCGAUGUUCACGGACAUCGAUGUUUUUGGCGCAAAAAAUCGAUUAAACAUCGCUGUUUUAAAUAAAAAAAUAAUUUUUAUUAUGAAAUUUCAAUUUUAUUUAUGUGUUUGUUUUUGUUGAGAAACAAAAGCUUGUCGACGACUGAUGGAGAAAGGCGAGUACGACGGUCUGAUAUAACUUGGCCUGCCUUGCUAAACAGACGUUCCGACUCGCAUGACGAAGCUGGA